GUGAUUGGCUAAUACGCAGACUGCUCAGAUGUGUUUACAAUCUCGUCAAAACAGUGUCGUCAGUUCAGUUAGGAAAAUACUCAAUAUUUUGGUCACAUCAUGGACAAUCUAAAGCAGCAAGUGAUGAUAAAUCAAUUUGUCCUUGCUGCUGGGUGUCACGCUGAACAAGCAAAACAGUUUCUACAGGCAGCACAAUGGCAAUUUGAGGCAGCGCUUAGUAUGUUCUUUCAAGAAUCUUCAGUCCCAAGCAUGUGCCGGACGUGUAACCGAAGUCACACAAAUGGAAACUACCCGUUGUGUACACCAGCAAACACACCAGCCACGCCUCCAAACUUCCCUGAUGCCCUGGCAGCAUUAGCGAAGUUGACAACAGGAGACAACAGCAAAGUGUUUGGUGCUUCUCCUCAUCCUCAUUCUUCUCACCCGUUUCCAUCACCUUCACAGCAAAGUCAGCCAGGUGUGGCACACUCUCCAAACAGCAUGCAAAUGCAAAUUGAAACAAACAGCAGAUAAAUCUGUGUUGAAUUUUUCAUUGAAUCGGCAGCUUGGAAUUAAAGACAUCUUUCUAAUUCUGGAUUGUGCGGUUGAAACUGCCGGCCUUGAUCUUUAAUUAAGGAAUGAUUAUUUUUAGCAUUCGUUACAUACAACCAUGUAUUGCACAAACGUAGUGUUGCCGAGGCAGUUGGCCACUGAUACAGUCUUCAGGGAUUGAUUCUGACAGGAUGUUUGUGUAGUGCUGUGUCAUGUAAUUGGUUAUUUUUCCACUAAGUGGACUCACGGGCCAAGUCUGUUCUGUAGUGUAGCUCGUGUGAUUCUCUUUAGCAUAUAUAGAUGAAACUCAGUAGCCUACAUGUAAGUACAUGUACCUAUUUUAUAGUUUAAUUGCUACUGCUGUAAAAGGAAAAGAAAACCGCAUUGUUUGCUUGCUGAGGUUUGUGUAAGAUUGCACAAAAAGAGGGGUUGAUAUAAAUUCUUAGUUAAUACCGUGAUUAUAUCUUUCUGAAGUAUGUACAAGUUGAGGACAACUGUACUGCUAAACGUGAUAAACAGGACUAUUGGUAUGGUAUCUUUUCUCUAGCUUUGAAAUGUGAUUACUGCUUCAUUCAUGGCUUUUUGGGGACUGAAAGUCUUACAAGUACGGUAACUGCACAUCUAAACGGAAAAUUGUGUUAUAUUAUAUUAUGGAAAGCUUUUUCUUUUUAUAUAGAACUGCAAAUUGCUUUUUGUACUUUACUUUUUUCCAGAUAAUAAAACUUCUUGUCCUGUGUCGUUUAAUUUUUCUUUCAUAGAACUACAAAGAGAAAAGUUUUGGCAUGGACUGAACAUGGUGGCUGCAACAGUGAAAAACAAAAUGUUUCUCUCUUAGUUGUGGAAAUGAUUUCUGAAGCUGUACCUCCUAUUGGAUAUAUUCAUUAUCCUGUUCUCAAGAGGGAUGUAAUGUAAUUCUACAGGAUUGUAUGGUAGGUCAUGUACUUGUAAGCAUUUGUCUAUAUGAUAUUACAUUUUUACUUGACACACAUAUGGAUGCGACUGGGACAGUGUGUAAUUUCAACAUGUCAGCAUAUCAGAGAGUUAUGAGUAUUGGUUGGAAAUGUGUGUAUGACAGGUAAGUAAUUAACAAUCCUCACUGGGUACAUGGCAUUGAAGUUGAAGUUCAUUACGGUACCUUUUUCACUUUCUGUCUUUGCGACAAUCUUUUUUUUUUUUAACUUAUUUUUUAAUUCUUUCCUCACCAUAGUCUAAAAUUUACUUCAAUUUCAGAUGGGUGUUGUGUUCACCGACACCAUUGCUGAGACAUUUUUUUCCCCUCUUCAUUUUUGUCUUGUUUGUUUUUUGUUGUUUUUGUCUUGUUUGCUUUUUGUUGUUUUUGUCUUGUUUGCUUUUUGUUGUUUUUGUCUUGUUUGCUUUUUGUUGUUUUUGUCUUUGUUGCUGCUUUGUUUACAGAGGUACAACAAAAACAAAUAUGCCCAUAUCCCUGUGAGCAAGAUGACAUUGCUUAAACUUCAGUGAACAAUACCUACUUCAUUGUGAGAAAAGCUGCAAAUUAUUAUUGCAAUCUUUUUUGUCCUGGUUCACAUUUCCCACCUGCCUUUGAUUGGUAUGUCAAGCAGAUUUUUUUUUUCAUUGAUGUAAGAGUUAAAAGCAUCUCUCGUCGUAUUAACAGAUCAUGCCAUCCACAUCUCAUAAUUCAUCUCGAUAAUUUUUUGUUCUUUUUUAUAAGUAAGGUGUGUACAUAAAAUGUUUAGAACGUGGCUUGUUUUAAUUUGUUUUGGAUACUCUAUUAUAAUUAUAACAGUAAACACUGAUCAAUGAUUUUACAUUGUAUAGUAUUUUCAAGUGAUGCUAAACAUUGUAUGAUGUGUAUUUUCUUGUUUUGUUACAAAUCAAUGUGUCCGAGUUUUAAUUCAUGGAAUUUGACAUUCAUGUUGUCUGUCUAUAUUGUUUGUUGUUUUGUUUAUGUGUGUUAAUCCUUGCUGCCUGUUUUGUGCUGUAAGUGGCAUUUUUAAUGUUUUAUGAAAAAUACACACAACUAUACAUGAGAAAUGUC